UUGCAAGUGAUAGUGGUUGCCAUUCAGUGUAUAGAGUCUGUGUCGAAUGGAUGUUUUUGUAGGGGUUCGCGGAUUGUAACGCGAGUUGAUCGUUGAGAACUAUUCGUCAUUGGAAAGCUGACCUGACAGUACUCACACAGUGGAUAUAGUGCUCUAGUGGUGCAUUUGCAAUUAAAAAAAUAUUUUUUUCAAGUGUAUACGUAUGUAAUUCAGAAGAUGCCUUGUAACUGUAAAGUUGAAAUGAAUGGUAUACCACAUCCACACAACGGGUGCGAGUUUCAUCUUCGGAAGGAGAAUACCGAGCAUAAUGGUCAUCACCAUCCUCACAGAAAGACAUUCGACAAUGAUGAUCGGUACGAAGAAGAAGACUGUGUCGCUGGUGACGAAACCGUUAGAUAUCCAGAUGGAUCGGUGCGGCUCAGGAAUCCGAAUAUCGAGCUCAUGGACCAGGAUAUACUCUACCAUUUAGCACUCGGGAGCGGAUCCCACGACCUUGUUGAGAUGUUUGGUGACGUCAAGUUUGUCUGCAUGGGUGGUACACCAAAACGUAUGGAGCAGUUCGCAUAUAACAUAAUGGCAGAAAUCGGACAUAAGCUGCCGUGCGGCACAACAUUGCAAGACAUCAGUCAAUUCUCCUAUAGAUACUCUAUGUACAAAGUUGGUCCUGUGUUGAGCAUCAGUCAUGGCAUGGGUAUACCGUCAGUGGGUAUUUUGCUGCACGAGGUCAUAAAGUUGAUGUACCACGCGAAAGUCCACGAUCCCGUGUUCUUCAGGAUCGGCACGUGCGGUGGCAUCGGUUAUGAGGGGGGUACUGUUAUAAUAUCAGAUGACGCAGUUGAUGGUGCUCUUAGGAAUGUGUUUGAGUUGUUAGUUUUGGGCAAGAGCAUUCAGCGUCCGGCCAAAUUUGAUAAGAGACUGGUCCGUGAGCUGAAGGGUUUGGCUGAUCCUGAGGACCCGUAUGACACAGUCACUGGCAAAACGAUGUGCACCUACGACUUCUAUGAAGGUCAAGGUCGAUUGGAUGGAGCGUUUUGUGACUUCACAGAGGCAGACAAGAUGGAGUAUUUAGAGAAUAUAUACAAGGCAGGUGUUGUUAAUAUCGAAAUGGAGUCGCUAGCGUUUGCGGCCCUCACUCAUCAGGCGGGCAUCAAGGCCGCCGUCGUAUGCGUCACACUGCUAGACAGGCUUAAAGGAGAUCAGGUAAAUCAUGACAACCAAAGGUGUUAGAAUUUUUAGAACCAACACCGACCUGUUAUUACGCAUUCUCAGUGUUAUUUAUUAAAGAAAUAUAGUGCGGUCUCAGGUAGCUCAAUUACAUAGAGCUUUU